GGGAGAUAACAGCCGCUUCCACGGGAAUACCUAAUGGACAAAUAUCUAGUGUCCCGUAUCUAGGUGAUGCAAUCCAUACACUCAAUGAUCAAUACGGAUAUAUACGUGAACAGCAUGGAAAGUAUGGAAACAUCUUCAGGACGUAUCUACUGAGAAAUACAUAUAUAUUGAUCGCGGGUGUUGAGGGUCUCAGCCAGAUAGCAAAGAUGGACCGAUCUCACCUCACCGCCGGGUGGAACAACAAUCUACGCCGUCUGUGGGGCCACGACUCUGUGCUAUUCAGUGACGGAGACCUUCACAAGCGCCAAACAAGAUUUGUAGACCUAUUACACAAGGUGUUCGUGUCAGAGAUUGAAAAAUGGCAGCAGCGUGAGGAGCCGACAGAGGUACACAGUGAGCUCACAGAGGCUAUAUCCGGUGUGAUCUUCACCUACAUGUGGGGACCGGAUUGUCCUCAGAUGGUAAGCGAUAAACUAUUGGAUGCGUUCGGUACAUAUUCUGCUGCUGUGCAGGGUAUUAUACCUGUAGUUCACGCUAUGUUCUGCUACGGUAAAGGCAUGGAGGCUAAGCGAGCCAUUGAUGGUAUUGUAUCGGCUGAGGUAGACCGUAGAGAACUAGACAGAGAGACGUCGGGUAUACGCACAGACGCGAUGCUGGCCUUGAUCAAUGCUCAUUGGGAGGGUGAGAUCACACGGGCGGAGCUAGUGGCCAAUUGCCGCGCACUAGUAUUCUCAUCUGUAGAUACAACCGCAGCCGCUCUUACUAUCGCGGUACACUUUGUGCUGAAGCACCCUAAGAUACUGGCGAAGGUGAAGGAGGAAAGUACGCGUGUGUUGGGUGAAUGUGCCUGGCAGACUCCUGUGGGGUCUGGGCGUGUAACGCCUGCCAAAUUGAAGGAGUUGGUAUAUACUGAAGCCACAAAAAGAGAAGCGCUCCGUAUACAAGUGCCUGCGACGCUCAGCACACGGUUGGUGAAGAAGGACAUGCCCAUCACGGUGGAUGGAAAAACGUUUGUACUGCCGGAGGGGGCAAAUGUGUACAACACGUUAUACUAAACCGUACAUUCGUUCGAGGGAUAUUCAGACCCCCAGGAGGCCCGACCGGAAAGGUUCCUAGGCCAGCAAACGGCUGAUGAGAAAAAGGUUGCGAGCUGUUUGUUUGGUAUAGGUGCUAGGCUAUGUCCUGGAUCCAGUAUGGCUAUGGUGGAGAUGGUGGCGUUUCUGUCAAUGUUCAGCACAUUGGGAGAAACUUCGUUAGCCAAUAAUAAGUCUGUCGAGUAUACCUUUAGAUUAUUUCCGUAUCCUUAAGAUGGGCUUUGGGUAGUCUCGACAAGCAACAGUGAUAAGGCUGGUGGCGAAUGAAUUAGCCAUUUUCGUUGACAUAGGGUUUCAAUCGGGUGUAGGGCUGGGUAUCUCCUAUUGCAGUACAGACUGUUACACCAUUGAAGAACUAUAUGAGAUCUGGUGGAAGGUGUUCUGAAUGAGUGAAUGAGAGGUAACAGCAAUUGGCUGUGGUGCGAUUGGUCUCAGGCAUAAACUCAGUUAUAACUUGAACAAUCAUCUUCCAACCAAAUUCGAUGUGAGGAGUUACUGUAGAGAAAUACAGCCACGGCGCACGCACGCACGCAUGCGAUUCGAAGUACCGUGCACAAAAUCGGGUUCAUAAGCAUAAAUCUGGUAACUUCAUCUGAAGUGUUUAUUCAGAACCUUUACGAGAACAAAUGUCGAUCGCAGCUUCUGAUGAUUUCAAAAUUCAGUGCUCAUACCAAUAUAAAUUUAGCAGCAGAUCUUUCUACUAUUGCGGGGAUCUUGAUUCCUGAGACAAGAGUCGUUUGCAUUUCACCAUGUUGUGACAACUGAGCCAGGGGGUAUUCCUUCGAAUACUAUGGCACUUGAACGACACAUAACCGGAAAUUGUAUUGUUCACGUAG